AUGGCGUCCGACAGUGACAGCGAUUUUGUUACUUUCGGAACCCCAUUAGAACCGCUAGAAGAAGAUGAGCCUCUGAGGAAGCCUAUCCCGUUGCACGAGCAGACCGUGAAGGAUGAGAAGGGAUGCUACCUGAGGUUCCAUGGAGCCUUCACUGGGGGAUUCUCUGCUGGGUACUUCAACACCGUGGGCACCAAAGAAGGGUGGACACCAGCAACCUUUGUUUCAUCCAGACAGCAGAAAGCAGGCAGACAGAAUGCCAGGCCAGAGGACUUCAUGGAUGAGGAGGACCUGGGGGAGCACGGCAUCGCCCCCAGACAAAUCACCACUACAGCCGACUUUGCCUCAGGCAGGAAGGAUGUGAUUGUGGACAAGGCCAGAGUCAUCACCUCUCUUUCAGCCCCUAUCCCCGGGGACACUGUCCUGGAAGACUUGGUGGCUCCAGCUAGGUCCUCCAUGGGGGUGGAGUUACUGAGGAAGAUGGGCUGGAAGGAUGGCCAGGGGGUUGGACCCAGGGUGAAGAGGAAGCUGUCCAAGCAGAAAGCAGAUUCUGCAACGGGUGCGUUUGGCUCGGCCUCGCCUCCCAACGGUUCAUCGGAAUCACAGGAUGAGGAAGACGGAGAAUUCGUCCCUGUGAACGUGACCUUCGCUCCUAAAGACGUGACUCCUAUAGACUUCGCCCCUAAAGUGGAUCUCCACGGCCUGGGGUACCGGGGUCUGAACCCCCUGGCGGCCCUGAGGGGAGGUCCGGGCGCCGGACACAUUAACCUGUUCACCGUGGACUCAGACAGGACCAACAGUCUGUUUGGAGAGGACAGGAAGGGACAUAAACGCAGAGGAGGAGUGGCUGGACAG